AUGCACAUUGUCCACUACAACAUGAAAUUCCCGGACAUCACAACGGCCAAAGAUAGACCCACAGGUCUUUCUGUGCUCGCCUUCAUGUUUAAGAAUUCAAUUCAAAAGAAUGAAGCUCUGACACCUAUCGUCGACAUGCUCAGGGAAAUCAAACGUCCAUACACAUCGGUGCCUCUAGACCUGCCCUCGCUGGACAGCAUCUUCCCGCCCACCUACGACUCCUACUUCCAGUACGCAGAGUUCGCACCCAGCGGUCAUCCAUCCAUCACUUGGACAAUCUUUAAGGAGCCCAUUAAAAUCGAAGAAACUCAGCUAGCCGAAUUCCGCAAGUUGUAUUCAACAGAAAUUGACAUGAAUACAGGGAAAGCUAAACUACUCGGCAACAACAACCGUAUGAUUGCGAAGAUUCCCAAACUCAGGGUGUUCGUCCACGUUCCCAGGGAUGGGGAGACAUCGACUGAGGAUGAAGGGCCGCCGGCGAGUGCUUCACCGAAAAAGAAAAAGCGUGGCUUCUUCAGUUUCCUGUUCAGAAGGAAACAUAAAUAA